AUGAAUAACCAACCAACAAGAAGCACGAAACCCAUCAAAGAAUACGCGGUCGGCGACAUCGUGUUGGGAACGGUGCGCGGUUUUCCGCCCUGGCCAGGGAUGGUUGAAGAUCUCAACGAUGUACCAGACGUCGUCCUCCACGAGCGGCCUCCUGGGUGGAAAUCGUCCUUUCGUUGUGUCAUGUUCUUCCCAAAGGCUGAUUACGCAUGGCUAUCCGCCCAAGACCUAUCUCCUCUACUACCCAACGAAAUCGAAGCAUUCCUCUCAAACGACUUCAACCACAAACGCAAGAUUGAGCUCACCCGGGCCCACAAGGUCGCCCGUGACCCGUCGGGGUGGGUCAAGGAGGUACGCAGCGCGCAUAUCCAGCUCCUCCGGAAGCUCUCUGAGCUCGAGCGGUACGCUAAGAUUGACGAUUCCGAGUCUGAGAGCGAUGGUGGCGACGAGGAGGACGUUGAGGUCGACCAGCUCGAGUUUGAGAGUGAUGUCGAGGAGGAGGCGGAGGUGGAGGUGGAGGACCUGGUUGCUGGGAAGGAAGCUGAAUUGGCGGCGUCGAAGAAGCGGAAGCUCGUAUCGGAUGUGGAGGCUCCAACAAAGAACAAGAGGGCGAAGACAGUGGACGAGCUGCAGACGCGAGUUGAGGCCAUGAAGAGCGGGCCAAAGAGCUAUUGGGCGAUGAUCCAAUCGGAGAAUGAGGGUGAGGAGGAAGAGGAAGAGGAAGAGGACGAAGAGGAAGAGGACGAAGAGGAAGAGGGGGUUGCUGGUCCGAGCAUGACGGAAACCCCACCACCAGCGAAGAGGGCGAGACGGGACGAAGACCACGAUAGGGAUGUUGAUGAUUCACAAACUCCAGCCUACCCGCAAUCAGUGAAUGUUUGCCAUUGGGGCCACGAGCUGCGACAAACAUCUCCCAGCAACAAAUCAGCUCCGGCGGCAAAUGCAAGAGCUACAUCGUCUCUUAUUUCGUCGCGUUCUCCCGAAUACCCCGUAGCCUACGGCAGAAAUGGAUCGACUAUAAAUAUUCUGAACGACGAUGAAGGCGAUGAAGGUUAA